UAUAAACACCAAACUCUCUCUUCUCAAAACUCCCUUUUAAUUUCCUUGCCCACUUUUCAUUUCUCAAACAAAAUUUCAAGAUUUUAGAGAGAGAAAAAGAUUUUAGAGAGAGAAAAUGGGGGAGAUGGAUUCUUUGUGGGGUUAUGCAGAGCCGGAAGAAAUGGAGCAGGAGCUUCUGUUAACCAGGCUGGAACUGCAGAAAAUAAAAGCAGAGGCGGCGGCGGAGAUGGAGACGAGCAACAAGCACGUGAAUCAUCUGAUCAACAUGCUGAAAUUCGCCAUUGAUGAGAGAGACGAAGCUAGAAGCCAGGUGCACAAGCUUCUGCUCAACAACAAGGCCGCGUUUGGCUGCAGCUUCCCAAACACGUCCCCACAUUUCCACGGCGAAACCCCACUCGGCGGCGGCGGCGGCGCCGCCAAACCCGGGAAAGCGAAUUCCAGCAUCACCGAAUCAAACAGCCCCUCCGAAACAACCUACAACUACCAGUCGCCCCCGGUCGUAGUCGACUCCCUCUUCGAAAACGGCGCCGUUUCGUCUCCAGAAUUCUCCAACAACAGUGCACAGUUCUUCGCCGGGUCCGGGUCGGUGCAGAAAACGGAUCCGGGUAUGGAUCUCAUCGACAGCCUAGUGAAGGGGCGGGCUUUGCCCGAGAAAGGUAAGUUCUUUCAGGCUGUGAAAGAAGCCGGGCCGCUCCUUCAGAACAUCCUCGUGGCGGGGCCGCUUCCGAAGUGGCGGAACCCGCCGCAGCUUCAGACUUUCCAGAUACCUCCGGUCCCGAUCAACGGCGGCGAUGAUGUUUUUGGUCAGAAACUACCGCCACCGAACGUGGCUUACUAUGCCCAGAAACCUGCAGCAGCAACUGUGUUCAGUUCUGGUAACUUAGGGUUUGGGAAUUGCCUGAGCAACGGUGGUGGUGGUUCUUCGUCUUCUUCUCCGAUGAUGAUGUCUUAUGGGGGUUUUAAUAAUGGGUAUAUUCCUUUGGUGAAACGACAGAGGUUCUGUUGAAAAACUAGGUUUUAUUUAUUUAGUGUCCGGGAUUUUGUAUAAAUUGGGGAGGGGGGCUUUUUUGAGGUGUAAAUGGCAAUGCAUACAUUGGUUGGUUUUUAAUUAGAUUUUUAAGUGACUUUGGAUCUUUAAUUUUACUAAGGUUUAAUUGCAUUUUGGCGUUUCAUAAUUGAAGUUAUUGUUUCU